GUGUGCCCAUCUGUUAUCUUUCACGCAAUUUCGCAUAAAUACAGACGCUGAUAAAUUCCUCCAAAAAAAUUGAGCCUUUUGCGAGCCUCGAAUCGAACAGGGCCGUCGAAUCUCACCAUUAUUUUUGAGGGAUUUUGGCGUCACAGCAUUUUUAGGCGAGAUCCCCUCGCCCAAUUAUGAGUUAAUUCUUGCUGAAGUGACGCAAGUUGCUGACAAUUUACACUUUGAACAUGCUUCAAGAUUCGAGGAAAGACUUGAGGAUUGCUGAAAUCUGGUCCGGUGAUUAUCUUAUCUGAAUAGCUUCUAACAUUGAGCAGCUAUAUCAGAUUCACAGGGUGCAGCAUGGCCGAACCACUAAUGAAAGCUUGUAGAAAAGCAUCAAAGACAUGUGAAUUCAAGAGAACAUCUUCAAGUCCCAAGGAUCAAAUUCAGCAAUCUAAAAGGCCUAGGAAGGGUGAAAACCCUGUUCGAAUUGCACCGAGUCCUGACCAGUGUACUGAUUUCAAAUCUUCUAAUUCGUGGACCUGCAAAAAUUCUGCAUGUCGAGCCACUCUUUCCAUAGAUGACACAUUUUGUAGGAGGUGUUCUUGUUGCAUUUGCCAUUUAUUUGAUGAUAACAAGGACCCGAGUCUUUGGUUGGAAUGUGUAUCUGAUUUAGGUCUAGGAGACUCAUGUGGUUUGUCGUGCCACAUUGAAUGUGCUCUCCAACGUGGUAAGGUUGGGGUUGUUGACCUGGGGCCAUUGAUGCAGUUGGAUGGAAGCUAUUGUUGUGCUUCAUGUGGCAAAGUUUCGGGGAUACUUGGAUGCUGGAAAAAGCAGCUGAGUAUAGCUAAGGAUGCUCGUCGUGUUGAUAUCCUAUGCUAUCGGAUAUUUUUAAGUUUCAGGCUCCUGGAUGGGACUUCUAGAUUCAAUGAACUCCAUGAGAUUGUUAGAGAUGCCAAAUCCAAGUUAGAAACAGAGGUUGGCCCAGUCAAUGGAGUUUCAGCAAAAAUGGCUAGGGGCAUUGUAAGUAGACUCUCUGCAGCUGCUGAGGUGCAGAGGCUCUGCUCUCUUGCUGUUGAAAAAGCUGACAUACUGAUGGCCUCAAAGUCUACUGCAGCCAUCAAUUUUGUUGAGGGUUCACUUCCUGCAGCUUGCAAAUUCCUGUUUGAGGAAGUGACAUGUUCCUCAGUUAUACUUUUGUUGAUUGAACUAUCAACUGCAUCCAACAAAGAUAUUAAGGGCUACAAACUCUGGUAUUGCAAGAAAAGGGAAGAGGUUUACUCUAAAGAGCCUGUUUUUGUCUUUCCAAGAGACCAGAGGAGGAUCUGGAUAUCCAAUCUGCAGCCUUGCACAGAGUAUUCAUUCAGGAUCAUAUCUUAUACAGAAGCUGGUGACUUUGGACACUCUGAAACGAAGUGCUUUACAAAGAGUGUAGAACUUAUUCACAAGAAUCAAUAUUCUAGUGCUGAAAGACCUGAAGUGGAUGCGUCCUCACAUGGAGAGAGUUCUAGUGCGAAGAAAAAUCACAGGACUGAAGAAAUAGAACUAGACUCAGGAUUCAAGGUUCGAGAUCUUGGAAGAAUCUUGAAGCUUGCUUGGCUGCAGCAUCAAGGCUAUUUGGAGUCAUUUUAUGGUUUACAUGUGAAUAAAUGUGUUAAUGAUCAUGAAAUAGUUAAGGUAGAACGUCAGCAAGACAGGCCACCUUCUGUUGCACGUCAACUUGACUUGAAUGUUGCUUCUGUGCCUGAUCUGAACGAGGAGUUCACACCUCCUCUUGAGUCAUCUAGAGAAGAAGAAAAUGGGUGCACAUUGGGUCAAGCAGUUGAGGCAGAUGAUGCUAUUUCUCACGGCAUACAUAGAAAAUGUGGAGAAGUACCCGCUGAUUCCAAGUUAGCUGGUUGCCAGAACAGGCGACAUAGUGGCAAUAGAGAGACACAGGAUUCUGAUAGUACUCUGACAAAUGGGUCCCCGUUCCAAGUUCAGAACGAUCUAUGCUUGGAUGAGAACUUUGAAUACUGUGUAAAGAUCAUCCGCUGGCUGGAGUGCGAGGGCCAUAUUAAGAAGGAUUUUAGAUUGAAGUUGCUGACUUGGUUCAGUCUACGAUCCACGGAGCAGGAACGCAGAGUGUUAAACACCUUUAUACAGACUUUGAUUGAUGAUCCAAGUAGUUUGGCAGGACAGUUGGUUGACUCAUUUUCAGAUAUAUCCAGCAAAAGGCCACAAAAUGGAUCCUGUAGUAAGUUUUGGCAUUGAAUUUUCUUGGCUAUAUAGAGUUGUGAUUAUCCUUCUUGUUAUUGAUUAAACAUGAGUAUUUUCUUUGGUUUUUCUGUACAGGCGUUUCUUGCUGAGUCAACUCGGAACACUUGUUCGUUAGAUCUCCGGUCUAUUAAGCUAGCAGAUAAGAACACCAUCCCUGAUUCCUUAACUGACUGCCUAUUGUUUGAGGAAGAAUCUCACGCAUUGUGGGAUGAUUUUUUCAGUAGCUAAGCCUUCUAUUGACUAGCGAAUGUAGAUUCCAUUAAUUAUAGGCAUUAUUUUCGUUGUAGACAUCUGCUUAUUUUUCAGGUUGUUCUAAAUUCUAUUUAAAUCUAGGAUCAUCUAAUGUGACUGCUGCAUUCCUCCAAUUUUUUUUUCUUUAUUUAAUUAUAUAAUUGAAGGGCUUGCAACCUGGCCUAUUAUUUAUGCACUUUUGUAGAAUGCAUUCUACGGAAGGCAAAGUAUGUUUCUACGUUGAUCAAAUUUAUAUAUGAAUGGAAAAUUAAUGUUGUUGUUCA